AUGGAUCCUAAUGAAACAGUGAAUGAAGUGGUCAGCAACUGGGGAGUGGCAAUGGCGAUGGCGAAGGCUAAAGGCGAUGACAAAUACUUUGAGCCUCCGAAACCAGCAAGUAGUGACACACCAGCACCAGCAGAGUCGGCUGAGUCAAAAGAAUCCAAGGAAUCUCGCGAGAAAAAGGGGGCAGCAGCACCUCCUGCAGCUACGCCGCCGGCAGCUCCUGCGGCACCAAAAGCACCAGUGAAAUUCCGCCCGCGCGAUGACAACGAGACGGUGAAUGAGGUAGUCAGCAACUGGGGAGCAGCACAAGCAAUGUUACAAAAGAAGGAAGGUGGCGCUGCACCAGGACUAGAGGGCUUCCGAGCAGCUGAUGAUAACGAGACGGUCAACGAGGUCGUCAGCAACUGGGGAGCAGCCCAAGCUAUGUUACAGAAGAGAGAGGCUGAGCAAAAACCCAAGCCUGCCACGCCUCCUCCACAGAAGAAACCUCCUCCUCCUCCAGCUCCUCCAGCAGCACCUCCACGUACGUGA